GUGGUAGAACAUGCAAUAGUGCGGGCUCGAUAACCAUCCUGGGAAUGUCAUCGUGAAGCCUUCUUUCUCUCACUCGCUCUAUGUGCAUGAGUUUCAGUCCAGCGAUAAUUUUUUUUCCCUCUUGUUUUCACCCCGAAGAGAGGAAGUACACUGUAUACAGCGCGCGCACGGACUACACCCGUCUCGAAGGCGUGAUUGUGUUGACGCGGAGGAUGCACCUGUUCUCGGGCGUGCUGGUCCUUGCGCUUGAAAAAUUUUUCAUCCCGUUGUCCUGUGCAAUUCAAUUGGUGGUUACUCGAUAAUAUACGCACAUAAAGAGAAGCGCUGCUAUUGCACAAGCCUAGACGAAAACGAUUGGGGAAAAAAGUUGUCAAAGGAUAAUUCGACACAUGUUGGUGGUUCGUGUCGUUCCUUGAUAUUGGAAAACAAGAGUGGCAAGAGGAGGAUAUACAACGGUGAUACUUGAGAGCUUGUACAGUAUUGUAUAGUUAAGAGGGUGUGAUACAAGAGAUCAGAAGAGCGGAGCGCGGAGCUGAAAGGAACCAGACGCAAUAGCUGUCUCGGUGACAGUCGGAGGUGCCGGGACCACCCGGCCGGCCUGCAGCGCCGGAAUACUGGCACGAUGUCAUCGACGUUACACGCACCGUCGGCUGCUGAGCUGACGAACUUGAGCAGCGCGGGGUCAGAGCGUACCCUGGCCACCUCGGCAGGUAGCCACUCGCACGGCAACAAUCGGCGUCAGCAUCACCACCACCGGAGUCGCAGUGCCCCACGUGCCCCUGAAAAACCAUCGCGACGACGAAACAUGAAUUCGGGGCAUAGCUUCGCCUCCAUACCCAACCAGAUCAGGCUGUCGAUGCUUAACAGCGGCCUCAUUUCUUUCGGUCGACGAGCGGAUGCCGAGGAGCUUGGUCUGGGCAACACACUACCGACCACGCCUACGGAGCUCAAGCACUACCCGAAGCUGUGCGAGACGCGCCGCAAGUUUCCCGUCCUCUACCGCGUCGAGUUUCAGACGGCGUCGAAAGUCGAGGCGCACUCAUGCAGGCACGCAACGAAGCAAGCGAAUCGAGAAAAAAACCAAAACCAAAAAUGUAUUCCAUACGACUACAACAGAGUGGUUUUAGAAACGAUAAAGGGCCAACCUGACUCGGAUUACGUGAACGCGUCGUAUGUCGAUAGCUUAUUGAAACCCAAUGCCUACAUCGUAACGCAGGGACCCAUGGAAACCACAGUCAUAGAAUUCUGGCGAAUGGUUUGGCAGGUGAAAGCUGCGUGUAUAGUCAUGCUAACGAAGACGUUCGACUUUAUCAAGGUCAUGUGCAUGCAGUACUGGCCGGCGAGUAAAGAAAAAGACGAGGAGUACGGUGACAUCGGUGUCUCCGUACUGCACGAAGAAGAAUUGGCGAAUUUCCACAUACGAACGAUCAGGCUGUACAAAAAGGACAACAAGGACAACAUCGAGGAGGAGCGAACGAUACUGCAGUUCCAUUACACGGAAUGGCACUCGCACACGUGUCCCUUCAGCAACGCGGUGCUUGAAUUCCGGAGACGCGUUCGCGCGGUCGUUGGGCCAAUUCUGCAGAGCGACGCCGGACCCAUGAUUGUGCACUGCAACGACGGUGGUGGACGCUCGGGUGUUUUCUUGGCCAUCGACGCGAACAUGGAGCUGGCAGAAGAGGAGGACUCCUUCGACGUGUUUGGUUACAUGAAAAAACUCCGGCAGAGUAGAAAAGGCCUCAUAGAGAAUGUGGAGCAGUACAAAUUCGUGUACGACACGCUGGAGGAGUUCGUGGUCUGCGGAGCGUCGUGGUUCCCAGUUUCGGAGCUGUCGGCGCGGCUCAAGCAAAAGAGCCUGAAGAACUCGAUAACGAAGAUGAACGAGUACCAGCGCGAGUACCAGCAAAUCUGCAAGCAGACGCCGAGAUUUACGAUUGGCGACUGCGCUGGAGGACACAGGGCCGACAAUCGCGAGAAGAACCGCGACGUCCUCGUUGUGCCACCUGAUAAUUUCCGACCGUACUUGACGAGUUUCCAGGGCAACACGUUCACGGAUUACAUAAACGCGGUUUUCGUCGAUGGUUACACCAAGCCGCGCGAGUACAUAGUGACCGAGUGGCCGGUGACGCGCUGCCUGGGCGAGUUCUGGUCUCUCGUCUACGACUACGAGUGCUCGGCGGUGGUGGUGCUGUGCGUACCCCCGCCCAACUCCGCCAACUACCCGAGCUUCUGGCCCGAGGGUCGACAUUCCAAAAAAUACGGCCCCGUAUUCACGAUCGACCACAUCAGCCACAAUCACUACACCAACAUCAAGACUUGGGUGUUUCGAAUAAACAAAAAAAUCGUCUCACUGACGGAGCUGAUGGCCGGCGUGAAGGCACCCCCGAAGACCGUCCAGCUGUUCCAGCUGACGUGUUGGCCCAUGGGCCAGCAGGUGCCAACGUCAACCAACAGCCUCGUCGAGCUGAUGAACAUGGUCGAGCGUUGGCGCCAGCGCACCGACUACGGCCCCGUGGCCGUCGUCUCCCCCGACGGCAGGAGCCGCUGCGGCGUCUACUGCGCGGCCAACGCCUGCAUCGAGCAAGUCAUCCAGCACGGCGAGGUCGACGUCUUCCAGGCCGUGAAGACCGUGCGACGCCACCGGCCCCAACUCAUCGAGAACAUGACCGAGUACAAGUACUGCUACGAUCUGGUGCUGCACUACGUGCUGCACUACCUGAACAAAGAGAUGAACGAAAAGAAGUGAGAAAGCGAGUUGCGGGACGA